AUGUCGCUGAUGUAGCAUUCACUAAUCAACAAUGAAACUUUUCGCACUAUAUUCUGUUUCAUGAUUAUAGACUUAUUUACAAAAUUAACGGUGGAGGAAGUGUUUUCGGUGCAAAUACAAAGUUUCAAUUGAACAGAUUUAUAUUAAAAUAUGUUAAAUAUUUCUUUUGUAGAAUUCAGUUUGAAUAUAUAGGAUACCCUAUUCUUAUUGAUAUUAACCUAUUGUUGUAUCAGUUGAUGCUAGAAAAUAUUGAAAAAUUCUAGAAAUAAAGAACAAUUGAAAUUGUACAAUGCCGCGAUUGCCACUUCAUCAUGCUGCAGGAAGUUGUCGCGGCAGUUUGAUGCCUAAAACGAUACGAUUAGUUCGUUAUGGAUGCACGAAUAGACCAUUCUAUCACAUUGUUCUAGCGGUGACUCAAAGGGAGCAGCACCAAGAACCAUUAGAACAACUUGGUUCCUAUGACCCUAUAGCAAAUAAAUAUAACGAAUUCUUAGUUGCUCUAAAUUUAGAUCGCAUACAACAUUGGUUGAUGCAUGGUGUUGGAGUUUCGGAACCAGUUGCUCAGCUCUUCGGACUUGCUGGUAUAUUUCCAAUACAUCCCAGAACAUACAUGUUUGCAUGGAGAAAUCGAAGAGAUGGACCAAAGGCUUCUGAAAACGAAAAUUCAGAACCUAAUAAAGCUGCAGAGUCAGUUGCUUAACAUGUCUAUCUUGUUUUAGUUGUAUUUUACACAAAUCUUGUAAAUAAUAUAGAUAUACAAAUAAAAUUAUUAGAAAAAUA